ACGGAAUGGCCUGGUAUUACCACAAUCGCAUCAUGCAGCUUCCGCAGGAGGCGCGGGACAGCUAUCUCGAGGGUGCUCGGCGGAUCAUGUUUCCCUGUACGCAGGGAGCGAGCACCCCGGCUUCGGUUCUGCGCUUUUGGAAAGAAGAACUGCAGCGUCCGAUUUAUAACGUGUUUGGGGCCACUGAGUUGGGAGGGUUGGCGCUGUGUACUGGGCCUGAUACGGUCUCUGAUGAUUAUCAAUGCAUCGGGAAGCCAAAGCCAGGCAUCACGGCCAAACUAUCCGAAGGCGAUCGCGGCGAGCUCCUGGUCAAAUCGCCCAAUGUGAUGGCUGGCUACCUAGAUGAUCCCGAACGCACGAAGUCCGUCUUCGACGAAGAAGGCUUCUACCGCACCGGCGAUCUCGUCCACCUCUCCCCGGAAGGCGAAUACAUCUACGAGAGACGAAUCAAUAAGCCACUCAAAAACCCCGUCGUCGUCAUGGAAGACACCCUCUCCACCCUCCCCUACCUCCACAACACCUGUGUCGUCCAGCUCCCCUUCGACCACGCCUACGGCUCCUCCAUGCUCGGUCUCGUCGUCUGCAUCCGCCCACCGCCGUCCUCGAAGACCAAGACGAAAGCAAGCUUGGCCGAGUACAUGGCCGACUGCAUGUACCGGCUACGAGCAGCCCUGUCUCUCACGUUCCUGCAGCUAGAUAAUAUGGUGCCGUUGGCUGUUUGCGUGCUUGGUCCCGGGGAGGAGAUGAAGUGGGAAAAGGGGGACCUGAGGGAUGUGUUUCCGUAUCAUGUUGAUCCGAGCUUUCAAGCGGAUUUUGAGAUUGGGAUGCAUCGGGCUUGGAUGAAUUGA